AUGUCGGAAUGGAGUAAUGCGCCGGAUGUCCCGCUGGACAGGUGUGAAUCUUCUGCUGCUGCUACAAGAGUCUCUAGCCAAAGUUCUAUUUAUAUCUGUGGUUCGUCGUCUGCUAGCUUCAUCGCCGAGGUCAAGAAGCUAGUUCUACCGUUGUCUGGGCCGUGUAUCUUCACGCAGAGCCAUGACAAUCUUACAAAGCUAGGGAGCAAUGCACGUCCGCAGAUGCUUCCCAAGGCAGUGGCCCUGCCUGAUCGGGUCAUGGCAGAGCAUCUCGUGAAGCUAGCCGGCCAAUACAGCAACCACUUGGUAGAGCUAUUGGACGAAUCCACAAUAAAGGAGCUGCUUCAGACUUGCUACUCCAAGCCCCACGAACAAGAACCAGGCAGCCUAUGCUUGCUGUACCUGCUCUUCGCUGCAGGGUCUGUCAUACUCGAAGCGCAGAAGAACCCAGACUAUUCGAACCCGGUUCCUUGCAGCGUAGAAACAGCUGUAAAAUCAGAAGAAUACUUUGAGUUUGCGGAAGCGACUCUGAUGCGCUUCGGAGGCUACGAAAACUAUGAAGUCUGGAUGAUACAAGCCUGGGCACUCAUGACGGUCUACUCCCUGGCUGCUUCCAAAUUGAAUGCUGCCGACGUCUAUAUAGGACUCGCCGUCAGAGCUGCGGAUGUGCUUGGCAUCAACCACCCGCCAGGAGCCACGUCGCGUGCUCCGGCCGACGGCAAGGCAAACGCUCUACACGCCAAGCUCUGGAAGUGUCUCUAUGUUCUUGACUCGGUAGUCGCUGCGCUUCUUGGGCGGCAACCGCACACCCUCAAAGAAGACAAGACCAAACCCACCGUGCCGGCCGACUGCUCGCCGUCGAGUCCCGUGGGCCGUGACGGAUGUCUCGAGUUCAACGUGGCUUCCGCCAAGACGAUUCGAAAGGCCCUCAAGCUCGUCUAUAAUCAAAGGCACUUUCCGGCCGAGAAGGCGUCUUCGAUGCUGCAGCAGGCCCAGCUGUACGCGCCUCCGAACCUCGCCUACCUUGGGAAUCAAGACGGCGUCGAUCACCUGGCCACUCAACAUGCUGUACUUUUUCGACACUACACAGCCAUGGUUCUAUCGAGGCCCUUUUUGAUUCAAGAACUGUCGCAGUUGUCAAAGACGAAGUACUUUGAGCGCUCAGACACGACGUGGAAGUACCUUUCAGAGACGUGCAUCGUCAUCGCCCACCAGGCAGUUGAGCGCAUCUCGGAAGCACUGAACCAGUGUCGACAUUUUCAAAACGAUUACAUACCUUGUCUGUUUACGGCCCUCCUGGUCAUUUUGACGAACCGAUUCUUUGAUUUUUUCGAGUACCCCAAUUCGGAAGCCAUCAUUGCGCGCGCAUUCGAGAUUUUGGACAUUCGGAGUGCGCGCAACCCGACCGAGGAGAGCGAGCUCAGCAGCCUCCAUGCCCUGCGCCGGCUCGUCGAAGACCGAAAGCGGCGGUCGCUGCCGAUGGGCCGGCCCGCGUACCUGGACAUGCUCCCUCCGUACGCCGGCUACGACGUGCACGGCGACAACAGGACGAGCCCCAUCUUUCCGCUGCACGACUUUGCGGCGGCCUGCGCCGACUCGACGUACUGCGACUCGGACGGCCGCCGCUACUCGGUCCAGUCGAUGCCCUCCCCGGACUACAUGGAGUCGGUGGCGGCGAGCGCCGGCGUCACCCCGCUGACGACGACGACGGCGACGGCAUGGAGCAGCGGGCCAAUUCCGAGCAUCAACCUGCCCCGCUGCGGGAGCGACGCCGGGUGCUAUUCCUUUGCGGUACAACAGGACGGAUACGACGGUGACGCUAUGCAGGUGACGCAGGACUACACGGCGUAUACGGGGCAGCAAUUAUAUCUAUCUUAA